AACAUGGCUGAACAACUGACAGAAGAGCAGAUUGCAGAAUUCAAAGAAGCCUUUGCUCUGUUUGACAAGGAUGGAGAUGGUAGUAUAACAACAAAGGAAUUGGGAACUAUAAUGAGGUCACUUGGUCAGAACCCUACAGAAGCUGAAUUACAGGAUAUGAUCAAUGAAGUGGAUGCUGAUGGUAAUGGCACAAUUGACUUUUCAGAGUUUCUGACGAUGAUGGCAAGAAAAAUGAAAGACACAGACAGUGAUGAGGAAAUUCGAGAAGCGUUCCGCGUGUUCGACAAGGAUGGUGAUGGUUUUAUUAGCGCAGCAGAACUUCGCCAUGUGAUGACAAACCUUGGAGAGAAGUUAACAGAUGAAGAGGUUGACGAGAUGAUCAGGGAAGCUGAUAUGGAUGGUGAUGGACAAGUAAACUAUGAAGAAUUUUGUGAUGUGGCUGAUGGGAACUUGGCUACUAGUUGAUCUAUCAGCAUGGCUGAACAACUGACAGAAGAGCAGAUUGCAGAAUUCAAAGAAGCCUUUGCUCUGUUUGACAAGGAUGGAGAUGGUAGUAUAACAACAAAGGAAUUGGGAACUAUAAUGAGGUCACUUGGUCAGAACCCUACAGAAGCUGAAUUACAGGAUAUGAUCAAUGAAGUGGAUGCUGAUGGUAAUGGCACAAUUGACUUUUCAGAGUUUCUGACGAUGAUGGCAAGAAAAAUGAAAGACACAGACAGUGAUGAGGAAAUUCGAGAAGCGUUCCGCGUGUUCGACAAGGAUGGUGAUGGUUUUAUUAGCGCAGCAGAACUUCGCCAUGUGAUGACAAACCUUGGAGAGAAGUUAACAGAUGAAGAGGUUGACGAGAUGAUCAGGGAAGCUGAUAUGGAUGGUGAUGGACAAGUAAACUAUGAAGAAUUUGUUCAGAUGAUGACAGCAAAGUGA